GAACUACUCCCGCGGCUUUCCGAAUCAGCAGUACUUUAUGCUGAGGAUGACCCGCGCUUCAAAGAGGCGACCGCUCGAUGGCAGUGGUACAAAGCUCCAACGGUCAAUGUCGUGGUUGAGGCGGGCACAGAUGAAGACGUCUCCGAAAUCGUCAAAUAUGCGAACAGCCAAAAUGUGCCUUUCUUAGCGGUCAAUACCGGACAUGGGUCAACGGCUACAUUGGGCAAGUUCAACGGUAUUCAGAUAUCCUUGAAUCAAUUGCGUCAAAUAGACAUCCAGCCGGGUGGAGAUUCGGCUAUAUUUGGGGGCGGUGUGUAUGGCGGUCCGGUCAUGGAGGAGCUAUGGGAGAAAGGUUAUGUUACCAAUACUGGAAGUUGCGGAUGCGUCGGCCUUUUGGGUCCUGGACUCGGCGGAGGUCAUGGCCGUCUCCAAGGUCUAUAUGGCCUUAUCAGCGACGGGUUCGUCAAUCUAAAUGUCGUCCUUGCCGAUGGAACCCUUGUCCACGUUUCUCCAAAAUCCCACAAGGACCUUUUCUGGUGCAUGAAGGGAGCAGGCCACAAUUUCGGCAUCGUGACGAGCUUCGAAGCGAAAAUCUACCCGCGCAAGGUGGACACGUGGUUUUCCAAAAUCUGCACCUUUACCGAGGACAAGUUGGAGCGUUUCCACGAGCUUCUUAACGAGUUGAGCGAUAAACAGCCUCCGGAAUUGAUUCAUUGGACGCUGUACUGGAAUGACCCUGACGUGAGCACCACAAAGCCUGUCAUUCAUUGGUCUUUCGAAUAUAUCGGUUCCGAAGAAGCGGCGAGACCUUAUUUCGAGCCUUUCGACGAACUUGGCCCUGUCAGUUGCCGUUCGGCAAGCCUUCCAUAUCCCAAAAUUCCCCAGAAUGAAGGCACUUCGGCACAAGACCCCAUCUGCGGCAAGGGUCUGCAGCACAUGCAGUUUGACGCCGGGCUCGUCAAAUACAAUGUUACCGCGCAGCGGGCCAUCUACAACCUGUUCGCAGAGAAGGUCAAGCAUGAUCCAUCACUCGAAUACUCCUUUAUCGUCAUGGAGGGCUACUCUCUGCAGGGUGUUGACAAUGUGGACCCUGCCGAGUCUGCUUUCGCUUUGCGUGACGACAAGCUGCUAGUUGCCAUCAAUGUCCAAUAUCCUCCGAACGCUAGCCUGGAUGAUUUUGCAAUCGAAUGGGGCAAGCAGACGCGGAAAUUGUUCAAUGACGGCCAGCCUGGCCGUCGCCCGACUACAUAUAUCAACUAUGCUUUUGGAGAUGAGCCCAUGGAGGCAGUCUAUGGGUACGAACCAUGGCGAUUGGAGAAACUCCGUGGGUUGAAGAAGAAGUAUGAUCCGCACGGUCGCUUCAGCUAUUUCAACCCAAUC